GCCCAUAUUGUCUUCCAGUGACGCCACCUGGCCAGACGCCAUUUUGCAUCGUGCGCCAGUAGAAGAGAAAAUCUGCAGCCAAUUUUUGCCGCCCAGCAGUGCAACUUCGCAGCAAAUUCUCCGUUAACCAAGACCCCCAAAGUCCGCCAAUAUAGAAGGAUCUCAAGGCCGAACAAGCUGUACCGGAAGCGCAGCGAUGCCGGGUUUUAGCAGUGCGGGAACGUUCAAAAUAUUUAUCGGCAACCUCGCCGAGAAAACGGCGGUGACGGACCUCCGUCCCCUGUUCGAGAAAUACGGGAAGGUGGUGGAAUGCGACGUCGUGAAGAAUUACGGGUUCGUUCACAUGGAGAACGAAUCGGAAGGUCGCGAGGCGAUACAAAAUUUGAACGGCCACAUGCUCAACGGCCAGCCAAUGAAGUGCGAGGCGGCGAAGAGCCGCAAGGCCCCGCAGACGCCGACCACGAAAAUCUUCGUCGGCAACCUGACGGAUAACACCAAAGCACCGCAAAUUCGCGAACUGUUCAAAAAGUACGGAACGGUGGUGGAGUGCGACAUCGUCCGGAACUACGGGUUCGUGCACCUCGAGUCGUCGGGCGACGUGAACGAAGCGAUCAAAGAGCUGAACGGCACGCUGGUGGACGGGCAGCCGAUGAAGGUGCAGGUGUCGACGAGUCGCGUGCGCCAGCGGCCGGGAAUGGGCGAUCCCGAGCAGUGCUAUAGGUGCGGACGCGGCGGACACUGGUCGAAGGAGUGUCCCAAGGGGAUGGGCCCGGAGCGAUUCCGCGACCGGAUGUUCGGUAGGGAUCCAUACCCGCCGCCGCCGCCGCCGCCAUUCCUGCGCGACCGGAUGAUGGGCCGAUUUGGGGACGGCUACGAUGGCUACUACGACCGGCGUUUCGAGGAGUCUCGCGAUCUGUACGAGCGCAGGUAUUCGGGGCUGCCACCGAGGGGCGACAUGGGGAUGCGAGGAGGCAGAGGUGACUUCCUGCCGCCGCCGUUGCCGCCACGUCGGGAGCCUUUGCCACCGAUGCCGUCCAUCGGCCUCCGGGGACCGCCGUCGAGCAGCAUGAGCGGAGGAAUAAGGGACUCCAGUUUCGCCAGAGGCGGCAACGAUUACGGUAUGUUCAGUAGGAGGAGUCCGCAGCCUUCUGGGGGCGGCAUGCCGGGCUCGAUGAGGAGUAGGAUGUAUGAGGACUUCAGUAGGGACUCGUUUGAUGACAGAAGGGUGGAUAACAGAGGACCAUCGCCUUCAAGACGAUACGCCCCUUAUUAAUUAGCUUUAUUAAGGAUAAGAAAAUUUUUUCUUUUGUAUGAUUUUUCUUGAUUUUAGUUCGUGAGGGUGUUGUGGGGGGUGAUAUUUCCCCAUGGGUGAUUGUUAUGUACAACUCAUACAUACAUAGUGUGUAGAUUCAAAUAGUGUCAUGGUAGCCAGUUUUGUAUACCUACAAAUCACUAAUGUAAUGAUUUCAUACAUAAUUCAAAAUCUUUAUCCUAUUGUUUUUUUUUUAUAAGUUUUUAUUGUGUAUUCAGCGUAAUUUCAGAGUGUUUUAAUCCGUCGGGUAAAUGUGACAGAGUUCAUUUGUUUGUACACUUGAAGAGAGAAAUAAAGUAGAAAUUACACUCGAUGUUUUUUUUUUUUUUUAAUAGGAUUACUCGAAGUGAGUGAAGUGUUUUUGUGUAUCAAGAAAAGUAAUACUUGAUUGGUUGAGAAAUGCAUGCAUCAAGGUGGCUUUAAAAUUUCGGUAAUUGUGCCGCCUCGUUGUGAUAUUGACGACUACUCGUCGCCUGUCAGAAAUGUCAAAUCAUAACCUAACUGUAAAAAUGGGUGCCAUUUUAAAUACUUGUUGUGGGAUCGCCUGAUUGCAUACAACUAAGGAAUGUAACAUUUACACAAUAUUCGUAUUUAUGUUAAUUUAGAUUGUAGUAAAUUGUUAGAUGAAUAGGGAGCGGCGAAUUCUUAUUAAAAAUGUCGACAGAUUUUCCAGAAUCAACUUGAUGUACGAUCUUUUAUAAUCACCCAGUAUAAUUCCAAUAAAAAAGCAUUAGUGAU